GAAAGUUGAUAAUUCAAAAAAAAAUUGAGUCGUUAGGCAAAUACUCAUCACCUCAAUCCUCCCCUUCCAAACUCACUCACUCUCUCACUAAAAUGGAAGAACAACAAGACUCACCCACUCUUACACUCCAAAUCCUCGCCGGUCCACGCAACGGAGAAACCCACCAAUUCGAACCUGGAUCCACCGUCAAAAUCGGUCGUGUCAUCCGCGGCAACAACCUCCCCAUCAAAGAUCCAGGUAUUUCCACCAAACACCUCACUAUCCAUUUCGAUUCCGGUAAUUGGAUUCUCACAGAUCUCGAUUCCUCUAACGGCACCGUUUUGGACAACGUACCUGUUCCUCCUAAUACUCCUUUUCAUCUCAGCGAUGGUUCCACCAUUAAGAUCGGUGAAGUUACUUCCAUCCUUGUCAAUUUCAUCAAUCCCCAAAGUAAACCUACGGAAACCAUGGUAGAAGAUAAACCAAUGAAGGGUAAAAAAGGGAAUAGUGGUAAAAGUGUUAAAUUUAGGGUUCCGGUACAGAGUAUUGAUGAAGAUGGAAUGUUGAAUGGUGAUGAUGAAGAUGGAAUUGUGGAUCGACCUGAACCAAUGAAGGUUACGAGGAAUAUGCGGAGCAGGAAAAUUGUUACUGAUUCUACUAAUGUGAAUUUGGAUGCUGUAGAACCGAAGAAUGCGAGGGCCACGAGGAAUUCGAAGAAUAAGAAGAAUGCUGUUGAGAUUUGUGAUUCCAGUAAUGGUAAUUUGGAUGAUGUGAAGGAGAAAGUAGAAGAAGUGAAGAAGAAUGUGAGGGUGACAAGGAAUUCGAAGAAUAAGAAGAAUGUGGCUGAAAUUUGUGAUUCAAGUAAUGGGGAUUUGGAGGGUGUCAAGGAGAAGGUGGAGGAAGUGAAGAAGAAUGUGAGGGUGACAAGGAAUUUGAGGAAUAAGAUAAAUAAAAUGGGGGUUUCUGAAUUGAGUAUUGGGGAUUUGGAUGGUGUGAAAGAGAAGGUGGAGGAGCCGAGGAGUGUGAGGAUGACAAGGAAUGUGAAGAAUAAAGGGGUUGUAAUUGGGGAAGAUUUGAGCUUGGUGGAUGGAGUGGAGAAUGUUGAGAAAAAGAAAACGAGGGGUUGUGCUAAGGGGAAGAGGAAGUUGCGGGAAGAGAUUGUUGGUGAUGGAGAUGGUAAAGAGAAUUGUGAUGAUGCUGAAGAAAAGGAGAAAUUGGAGGAAGAGUGUGUUGGUGAUAAAGAAAAGGAGAAGUUACCGGAAGAGCGUGUUGGUGAUGGAGAAGAUAAAGAGAAGGAGAAAUUAUCGGAAGAGUGUGUUGGUGACGAAGAAGAUAAAGAAAAGGAGAAAUUACAGGAAGAGUGUGUUGGUGAUGAAGAAGAUAAAGAGAAGAAGAAAUCACAAGAGUGUGUUGGUGAUGGAGUUGGUAAAGAGAUUUAUGAUGCGAAAGAAAAGGAGAAUUUGAAUGGGGAUGAGAAUUGGCCUGAUUUGGAGAAGAUGAAUUUAGGUGAGUGGUUUGAUUUCUUGGAAGUUUAUUUGCCAAAACAGAUACAUGAUGAAACGGAAGAGAUUAUUGAUUCCAUGAGACAAAAAGCCGAGAGACUCCGCGAGUACGUCAUAAUGUAUCAGAAUCAGAAAGCUGGAACUGCCACUGAAUGCUAGUAUAUGUAGUUAACUGAUAGUUAUUUGAAGCAUUAGCACAAGUGUUGUUAGGUAGUUAGAAUUUGUUAACUGAAUGAGUUUUUAGUCAGCACUCUUUUGUUACUCUCUCCAGAAUAUAUUGUACCGCUAUUAUUGCUUUUAGUGAAGUAACUCAAAUUUACAGAAA